UCAGACUAAGUAAGGGCUGCUCUGCGGAGCCCAUAGGGGCAGUCCAGGUACUUAAUUGAGGGGGGCAGGCGGAGGAGAGGACUUUGUCGGCUCUGAGACAGGUGAUACUGGGGAGGAGAGAAGAGAUCUUAUCAUCCCAUGCAGUACACCCCAGUCUCCCAGUCCAUUUCCUAAUUUUCAGAUUAUGGUGACAUGCUCCCUUGCUUUGCUCUUCAGUUGCAGGUCCCGAUCUUUGGGUACUCCGGGAGCUGCUCUCCAGCCCCUGCUUCUGAACCUAUGGAUUCUCCAUCUAGCAUUUCUUCCUGUUCUUCCUAUUCUCUCUCUUCCUCUUUUUCCACCUCCCCAGUGAACAGUGACUUUGGUCUCCCCUCCGAUAGUGAGGGGGAGGACAAAGGGGCCCAUGGCCCCAGGCCAGACACUGUUGGGCAGAGGGGAGGUUCUCGGCCACGACCGGGUCCUAUCCGCUGCAGGCAACGGCCCAAGGUCUCCAGCAACCAACAUACAACAUCUUACUUGGAACAGCGGGGCUUGGCCUCUCCUAUGGCAGGAUCUGGGGUCAAAAGAUCAAGAGACGGUGAAUUACAGACCACUGUAAACAUCCAGGGUUGUAUCACAGAAGGAGACCUGCUUUUUGCUCAGAAGUGUAAAGAGCUCCAAGGUUUCAUCCGCCCUCUCACAGACCUACUGAAUGGGCUGAAGAUGGGUCGAUUUGAGAGAGGAUUGAGCAGUUUCCAGCAGAGCGUAGCAAUGGACAGGAUCCAGCGUAUUGUAGGUGUUUUGCAAAAGCCCCAGAUGGGGGAGCGUUACCUAGGAACCUUGCUACAGGUGGAAGGGAUGUUAAAGACUUGGUUUCCUCGUAUAGCUGCUCAGAAGUCAUCCUUGGGCAGUAGCAGGCACAAACUGACCAAGCAUUUUCCAAGCCACCACAGCCAUCCAGCUGCUUCCUCUCCUGCACCUCCCACGGAAAAGAUGGACCAGACACAGCUAGGACAUCUAGUGUUGAAAUCGAAGCAGCCUUGGCACCUCACAGAAUGGCCAGCCAUGCACCUCACUUGGACCCACACCACUCCAAUUUGCAACCCACCCCUCAGUUCCCCAGGUACCAUUUCCCUGAGCCACGGUCCUUUAGGCACUGGAGCCAGCAUCGGUAUCAUCCUUUUUGUCCAGCAUGGAGUACAGCCCUUCACCCACUCUGCCCCAACCACUUCAGUUCUACCUGCUACAGCAUCGCCUGUCAUCCCCAGUGCUCCUAAGAAACUCUCUAGAGAGGGACCUCCUUGCCACAGUUUGCCAGUAACUCUGCCAUCAGACUGGAGCUGUACCCUGUCCCACCCUGGUCUACCUGCCAUGGCCAGAGAGAUGACUGGGAGACAUCUAGAGCAGAUGAGAAGCCAUCCUUCAGUUGCCUCUGAUGUCCAUUCUCUCAACCCCUAACCCAGGACUCGCGACUGUGGUUUCUAAUUUGUGUAAACAUGUGUCUCUCUCAUAUAUAUUUUUUACUUUUAAAGUGUGCAUUUGUGUUGAGGGAAGAGCAAUCCUUUUGAUUAAAGAAAUUUUAU